AUGCCUAAUCCCGUUGUGUAUUUUGAUAUUACCAUUGGUGGUGCUCCUGCUGGACGUAUUACCUUUGAGCUCUUUGCGGAUGUAGUACCUAAGACGGCUGAGAACUUUAGAGCUCUAUGUACUGGUGAGAAGGGUAUUGGUAGGUCUGGAAAGCCUCUAUGUUAUAAGGGUAGCUCAUUCCAUAGGAUAAUAAAGGAAUUUAUGUGCCAAGGUGGUGACUUUACUGCUGGUAAUGGUACUGGUGGUGAAUCUAUUUAUGGUGCUAAGUUCGAGGAUGAGAACUUUAAGAUCCAUCAUAGUGGUCCUGGUGAUCUAUCUAUGGCUAAUGCUGGCCGUAACACUAAUGGUAGUCAAUUCUUUAUUACUACUGUUAAAUGCAGUUGGUUGGAUGGUAAACAUGUUGUAUUCGGCAAGGUUAAGGAAGGUAUGGAUGUAGUUAGGAAGAUGGAGGCCGUUGGUUCGUCCUCUGGCAAGACUUCGGCUCCUGUUGUUAUCGCCGAUUGUGGUCAGCUAGCUUAG